ACAAACUAUGCAGUCCAGAACAACUCCAAAGGCACAGUGAAAGAACACGCGUACGCAAUGUGCUGUCUCUCAGAAGAACAGUAGACCUCGAAUUGCGAGUGCAUUCGACAUAAGCAGUGUCAAAUGAGAGCGAGUGAAUAUUUCAUACAGUAUAAUUCUACGAUCUAUCGUGUUUAUUAAAAAGAAUCUUAUGUUCUAAAUGGAUAUCCUGACGUGGGAGGAACCAUUGACGCAAAGAAUGAAAGUUGAAAGAAAUUUGAAUUUUUCAACUAUCUCUAAUGAAGAGGACGAAUUUGGGUACUCACGGAAAAAAACAGCCAGAGACCCGAUGUCGCAUCGAAUUAUUGAGAAGCGGCGGCGGGACAGAAUGAACAACUGUCUCGCCGAUCUCAGCCGUCUUGUGCCCACUAACUAUUUGAAAAAGGGUCGUGGCAGAAUAGAAAAGACUGAGAUCAUAGAAAUGGCUAUUAAACAUUUGAAGCAUCUUCAAGCGCAUCCAUGCAAAGAUCCAGCUAAUUGCGAAGUAGCUAAAACAACCGAACAGGAUCACAAACGUCAGUAUAGACUUGGAUACCACGAAUGUAUGUCGGAAACAGUUCGCUUUAUGGUAGAAUCGGAAGGCUUAUUCUCAGGAGAUGGUGUUUGCGUCAGAUUGAUCAAUCAUUUGCAGAAGCAUUAUGAUAAAGUUGCUGGAGGUUUGUGCUAUACACAAGCUUUAGGUAUGAUGAUAAGCGAUGAAACUAAACCUCAAGUUGCAAUGGAAGUGGAUAGUCGUUCGAACUCUUGUUUUCCAUUAGAUAACUGCUCAAAUGGUGCAGUUGCUCCGGAAAAUAACCACGUUUCCACUUUUCCGUACGAAUCUAAGCCAGAUGUGCCUGACUUGAAACAAGAAAUCGAAAACAAUUCUCACCACUCUCAGCCACCUCCACCUUCCAUCACUCCGGUCAAAGUAACGAGUCAGUUGCGAGAAAUGUUGCAGAAUCCUGGUGUUCCCAAAGAUCCUUCAAGGAAUAAUAGUAACAGCAGUAACAAUGGCAGUAUCAGCAAUCGCACUGUUAGCAACGGUAACAAUAGUCCUCCGUCUCCUGUGCCUAUGCCCGUACUGGUCGUUGUACCACCAUCCAGUCAGAAUGAAACUCCUAAAACUGAAGAAAGUUGCUACAAAUUUAAGAAUAAUAUCAAACACAGGUUUAACGCCGACUUGAGACAUCACACGUCUUCUCCAACAGACAGUCACCACUCCGAUAAAAUGUCUUUGCCGGACGAAGAUCAUAACAACAAUAAAAUCCACAUGGUUGAGCCAUAUCCAUUAAGAUCUGGACAUCCACCGCCUGGUCAUGAAGAUCGUUUGGUACAUAAUGGACUGUGCUCUACUAAUUCACACACCGGUCACGCAUUCUCUCCAUAUCCGCCCAGCCACCCACCACCAGACCACGCUGUUAAAAUACCUGAGCGAGUGAACCAUUCAGAAGGUGUUGGCCUACCUUCUUCAUACAACAGCCAACACUGGGACUCUCAUGCUGAAACGGCAAGCAGUUGUGGGUCGAGUUCAAGUCCUCCACCACCACAUGCUGUUCGAUCCAACGGCAGCAGCUCUGGAUACAGCACAAAUGGUGAGAAUAAUUCUUGUCCUACCAUGCUGAAAUCCAGCAACGGCCAUCAUUCACCAACUUUAUCUCCAUACCCGCAUACUCCAGAUCGAUUAUCGAAUCGAUCGCCCAGCCCGCUCCAAGGACAAGGCAUGCCGAUUUUUGCUUUACACCCCAAAGGUACUUUUUACAUUCCAUUAACUGUCGAUGCAUCUCUGCUGCUUCCUUGCAUGGCUGGAUUGGACGAAUUGGCCCCCGUUCUUCAUCCUAUUAGCAUAUGUGUGAAUCUGAGCUGUCAUUCCUUGAAAGUUGAAAAGCUCAACGGCUCUUCCGCUUCUCUGCAGUACCGAUCGCAUUCCUCAUAUUUGAUGGACAAAUUCCACGAUCGCUAUGUCUAUCCUGAAAAGCCUCUCUUUUAUCCAUGUCCUACGAGUCCCACAAGAAAUGGCUGCACGUAAGGCAUUCUCUUUUCACAUGACUGUACUUUUUUGGGAAGAAAAGGACUUCAUGUUCUCACUCUUAGUUUUCCAUUUGUUUGCAAAAUCUCGUGAUAGAUUCAUUUUCAUAUUGAAUGUAAAUUUGUUGGAAAUAUAUUUGGAAUUCAUAUAAAUGAGAGAAAAAUACAUUUUUUCGGAAAUCAAAUUAUGUAGACAGAAGGUAUUUGAAAGACAGUCGAAAGUGUUGGUAUGUCUUCUAGAUGAAGAUAAGUUGUGAUAUAAACUGCGUAGUGCAUUGAAUGUCGAGAGGCUAGUUCUGCGAGAACUCAGGCCUUCAUGUAUGUGAUAAAAAAGUGGAUUUUAAUCCGCAGUUUAUUUUACUAAGUAAAGAUUACAUUAUUAUAUACAUAAAUUAAAUAUCGACGAUUAUCUGAAUUCCAUUGUUUUCAAAUAAUGGAAUUAUAUUUAUUUUUGAAUUGAAAAAAAAAUUAAAUUCAUUUACAGUAACAUACAUGCUAUUGUGAUGUAUGUUACUGUAAAUCAGUUAUUAUGAAAUUUUAUGAGAAAGUACCCAGCGUGUUCAAAAUGUCUGGUGAAUAUUAUUUAUUUUGAAUUUGGGUAUGGUCUUAUAGUUUAAAAAAAAUAGUUAACUGAUAUAUUAAUUUAAAUAUUUUUUUACCUAACUUAUUAAACAUCUGUUAUGUGAUCUGGAGUCAGAUAUUGAGCUUUGAAAAAUUGUGCAGCUGGCUGUAUUUAUUUCGCUUGAAAGCAUUCAUGCUUUGUAUGAAAUGAAGAGCUUUUCAUUGAAGAUUCCAUUUCUAAAUUCUUUAUUCUUCUAAUCCCUGCGAAAUUUAUAUAAAAUUCUUUAUUGUUAUUAAAUAUUUAAAAUGUUAACUAUUUUAUUUGGGUUAGUAUUUGUUAUUUAAUGAAGAAGAAACUGGUUUGUGUUGCCUUUAAACUAAGGUGUUAAGAAAGUGAGAAAAUGUAUGGAUCUUAUGACGCUAUGUAGCUCAUCUCAUUUGCAAGUGUUACAGGAAUUGUAAAAUAAUCACAGUUUACUCCGAAUCUUUUUUGCUUGUACAUUGUGCUAUCUUGUAUAAAAUAUGAAUGUGUGUUUACUGAACUUGUAAAAAUUAUUUCAAUAAAGUAAAUAUUCUGUGCCA